AUGGAUCCAAUCUUGUACAGUGCUGCAAUGAGAGGCAAUAUCGGAGAUGCCUAUUUUAUACUUGUUGAUCAUUUGAAAAGGGAUGAAGAAAAUGGCUACCAAGUCACUCCAAAGGGAAACACGGUCCUCCAUGUCGCAGCUCUCUAUGGCCACUCCCAUUUCGUGGCAGAAGUCCUUAAGAUUACUCUGGCAUUGUUAUGCUGUCAAAACAAGAAAAAUGAAACUGCUCUUCACAUAGCAGCUAAUGAAGGGCACACUGAAGUAGUACGUGUGCUACUUGCACGUAUAGAAGAUCAUAAUACUAAGGAGAAACUCACGAGGAUGACGGAUGCUAGUGGAUAUACAGCCCUGCACAAAGCUGUGCGGAGCCAACAUCUAGAUGUGGUUAAGCUCUUGGCGAAAGAAGAUUCUGAAUUUGAAUUUUCGCCUAACCAUGCGCAGGAGAUGCCACUAUAUCUGGCCGCUGAAUGA